AUGGUCACUUGUCAGAAAACUCAUCGCGUCGUUGCAGACCUUCUACAGCAAGGACAAACAGAAAUUGUGCGAACUUUCUACCUCCAGUGCGUUGACGAUCUCUGGAAGUCUCCCUACACCGGAAUAAGAACAAGCGACCUCAAUUGCCAACAUCAUGAACCACCACGCAACACGGUUGACUAUUGUCUCAAGUUUGGUUGCCCCAAAGGGUACCUUCUCAAUGGAAGUGCCACCACAUUAACUGCAAGGUGCCUACCGAACGGAAAAUGGAACAACGAACCAACAAACUACCAAUGCCAACCAAAGAAUCCAUGUUCGAUACCUGACGGUCCCUACAACGUUUUAAUCAUUUCUAGCAAACGAAUUCAUAACCAUCCACAGGGUUCUCUGUCUGAAAUAGUUUGGGGAUGCAGAGACGGGUUCCGACCAGUUGAAGAUCAAUCCGAGUACAUAGCCGUACAACACUGCAAUGCAGAAACAGGUGAAUGGACUCCACGUAUUGAAUCAUCAAAGCUACGGAAUGGCUGUCGAGCAACGAAACUCUGUGCAAGCGAGCUAUUUAACGACGUCGCUAAGAAAAACAUGAUUGCCAAAGGAGCAUGUGACUUUGCUGACAUGUAUGCACCCGGACACUGUGUAAACAUCAGCUGUACUUAUAAAGGCUACCUCAUCGAUGGAAAUCAAACCUACACGUUGCAAUGCCAAGCGGAUGGCAACUGGACCAGAAACAUGACAGCACUUCAAUGCGAACCAAAGAAGAAUUGUCCUGAUCCGCUGCCGUCUGAAAUCCCAAGUAACGUCGAGCGGGUCCCUCCCAAAAAUUCAAAGCCAAAGGCCCUAACGAAACUAGUCUGGAGGUGUGCUCGGGGUUUUCGACGUUCCAGGUUUUCUCAAACGUGUAAUGCUGAGAUUGGUGAGUGGGAGCCCUCACUACACCUGAUACCGCCCUGCCAGCGACGAAAGAAAGCUCAUAAAAAAUGCUCAGACCCGAACGAGAACGAAUACCCGGUCAACACGCUCCUGAACGAAGCAGAGUCGAAUGAAAAUCGUCUUGUAUGGCAAUGUGAAGGACGGCAAGAUGAAUUCGUAACUCAGACGUGUAACACAACGACGGGCGUCUGGGAGCCAAAGACCAUGCGUACAACAUGCAAGAAAAAGUGUCAUGACGUACCACCGCAGUCACCGCACGUGGUUGUCACUCCUUCACUAACGACUUUCCACGCGGGUGACGCUGUUACGCUCAAAUGCAAAAACAGUACAGCCGCCUACACAUUCCGAUCCCAUGGAGCAAACCGGCUAGUGUGCGACGAGAACGGAAAAUGGAAUUUUACCGUCACGAACGCCUACAACUGCCAUAAAGUGUUCGCUUACUGUCGCGUACACUCCUCGCUGUUUGCCGCGUCUUCGGAGUUCGUCAGUUCGGGAACGACGGUCAGGCUAAAACCGUGCCCUCGAGGACAGUAUCGACUCGGACCGGAUGAGGUCGUGUGCACGUCAACCACCCUCUUCAACGAGCCUUGGUCCAACAUCAAGUGUCAGAAGAAAACUUGUGGUGUGCCCGUCGUGGCUGCAGAGUGCGCGUUCCUCCACAAAUUGCAACACAGCGAUCAUUCAUACAAAUGGAAAACGGAACUUUCGUACGUGCACAAAACUGAAGGCUGGCGAGGAAGACUACUGUGCAUGGGCGACGGGAAAUGGAAGUACAAACGCAUAGAGUGCGACCCAAAGCGAGCCACAGCAAGCGACUAGUAACAAUCGUGUGUGCAAGGACGGGUGGCUGAGUGCGACGUUCUGUCGACACACACACACACACAAACGUUACAAACGGCGGUUUGUAGAAAACAGACUUUAUAGUUGAAUUCAAAGAGUAGAGAUGACGGUAUUUAUAUUACCUGAUAUAUAUCAA